UUACGUUGCAAACUUCAUAUCAGUUUUUUGCUUUCAAUUUCAUUUCAUUCUAAAAUUUGAUUCACUAUGUUUUUUAAUUAAAAAUGAAAAUUAAUAAGUGAAUUUAUUUGUUGUAAGAAAAAAAUGUAUUGUCCAUUGUGUAAUACUGAGUUACAGCUGAAGCAAAUAAAUUUUACAGAAGCAAUAUAUUUAUGCCCUGAUAUAUCUUGCAGCUAUCCAACAAACAAUCAAUGCACUGUGGUUAAACGAAGGUUGGAAGGUAUAAAAAGAACUCGAAAACCUAAAUCCAACAAAGAAAAAUACAAAUCUAGCCAUGGAAGUGACAAUAAUAGUGAUAACAACACAGAUUUUGAUCUAGACGAAUUAAUUUCAUCUGCACUAGUGCAUUUGAACUCAAGUUCUCUAGAAAAAUCAAACAUGUCUUCAAAUGUUGAUAACACAAAUGGAAAUUAUUUAUCAGAAAAUGUUCAGAGUGAACAAGGAUUUGAUAAGGAAUUGGAAGACUUUCUAAAUGGAUUGGAUAAUAGCUGAAUUGAAAUACCAGACCCCUGUACCUUGUGAUAGGAUCAUUUUAAGAGAUGUAUGUAUAUUUUGUAUGAUAAUAAACUAUAAUUUUGCAUAAUAA